CAAUGUUGCUUGAAGGUUGCUGGUUAUGUGGAUCUGAAGAAACGGAGACAUGUACCGAAUGUACAGGGGUGUACUGCACUGUACAUAGACAAAUACAUAAGUAUGAUAAGAAAUGUUCACCAAUCAGGGUUCGAGUUGACGAUGAAAAGGGAAAAUGUUUGAUUGCUACACGGGAUAUUAAACCUUUAGAGGUUAUAUUAAAAGAAUCACCUAUCCUGGUAUCACCAUAUACGAAAACUAAACCUCUUUGUCUUGGCUGCUACAGAAAAGUAGAUUUGAGUUUCUGUUGUCAGAAUUGCGGAUUUCCACUCUGUAAUGAUAAGUGUGGACUCCAAUCCUACCAUACUGCUGAGUGCAAAAUAAUUGCAAAUUCAUCUUGGAGACCCAGCAUUAAAAAUACGGAUAGCAUAGAGUCUGAUUAUGCUGUUAUACUUCUACUUCGCUGUUUACACAUGAAGGAGGAAAAUACUGCAUUUUUUAAUCUUUUCUCUUCGUUCUACAGUCAUAGAGAGUUGCGAAGAGUUGAAAACCCAGAACUCUGGAAGUUCCAUCAGGAAAACUCUGUUAAUGUUCUCAGAAACCUCAUUCCAACAUCUCAGCUUAGUUUGUACAAGUGCAGUGAUGAAAACUUACAUGAAAUAUUAGGGUUGAUGUACACGAACAGUGUAAAUCUUGAAGUACCCCCUGGUUAUGGUGAAGUCACAGGGUUCUAUCCUACAUAUGCAAACCUGAACCAUUCUUGCCUAGCAAAUACUAAGUCAGUUGUUAGACCUGACUCUACUAUUGAGGUUCGAGCCCAGAUAAAGAUAUCAGCUGGGGAGGAAAUACUAACACAGUAUGUGGGUGGAGAGAAACCAACUAGGAUUAGGAGAGAUAUUCUUAGGUAAAUGGGCGUGGUGCUAGGGAGGCGUGACACAGUGGUUAAAAUCAGCAAUAGUUCAGUGAAAGUAUUAAUUUUAUCUUAAAAAUAUAAGAUGUUGGUUUUUAAGGAUGACGACAUUCUACAAUCGUAGUUUAGUUAUAUUUACAGAUACGA